AUGGAGAAGGUCGACGCUAUGCGAACUUCUUUGGACCAGCUCGAAAAUGUCAAGCAGGGAGACAAGCAAACUCAAGAGCUGGCGAUGCCUGCCCGCUUAGCCGCUCUUGACGAUGCCGAGUAUCAAGCCCUUGGUCGCAAAGCCACUCUGAAGAUGGAUCUCACCAUCAUGCCCAUCUUGGUCAUCAUGUAUAUUCUCAACUAUCUUGAUCGUCAGAACAUUGCAAGCGCCAAACUUGCAAACAUCACCGAUGACCUCAACCUAAGUGCUGUCGAUUACCAGACAGCCGUUAGCAUUCUAUUCUGUGGAUACAUUCUCAUGCAAGUUCCGUCCAAUAUGAUCGUCGGCAAGAUCAAGUGGCCUGGUGUCUACAUUUGUAUGGGUAUGGCUGCGUGGGGUAUCAUCUCUGCACUCAUGGCAGUGGUCCAUAGUUUCGUCGGCCUUCUCAUGGCACGAAUCUUCCUUGGCUGUGUCGAGGCCAUCUUCUUCCCCGGUGCUCUUUACUUUCUAUCUCUCUUUUACAACAGAAAGCAAUUCGCUUUCCGCACUGCCAUCCUCUACAGUGGUUCGCAGCUAGGUAAUGCAUUUGGUGGUCUAUUUGCGAUUGGAAUCCUAAAGCUGGAUGGCCGGUCUGGUUUACAAGGUUGGCGAUGGCUCUUCCUCGUAGAGGGUGUCCUCACAACUGGUCUAUCCAUCGUCUUCGCUUUCAUCCUGCCAAACUCGAACAAGAAGAUUCUCGGACUAUCCUCAAUUGAAUGCGAAUGGGUUCAAUGGAACUACGCUUCUGAUCAGCGUCAAGAGGAUAAUUCGGAAGAAACAAGUGCUUUGAGAGGUCUCGUCAUGGCCCUGCAAGACCCAAAGACCUGGCUGUUGAUGGGCAUUCUAUAUAGCGACUAUAUUGUUGGAACUCUUGCCAACUUCUUUCCCUCUGUGGUUGCAGGUCUCGGGUUCGGCACUACAAAAACAUACCUGUUGACUGCACCACCUUUCAUUCUAUGCGUUUUCACCAUGCUAGUCAACGGAUUCCACUCGGAUCGUAAACAGGAACGUUUCUGGCAUAUCGUCAGCCCUUUGAUUGUUACAUUGGUUGCCAACAUCAUUGCGUUGUCAUCACUCAACACUGCAGCUCGUUAUGUUGCCAUGAUGCUGAUGCCAGCGUCAUUCUACUCAGCUGCGAUUGUGGUUCUAUCAUGGAUCACUGGCAGUCUUUCACAGCCUGCCAACAAGCGUGCAUCAGCAAUUGCGUUCAUCAAUGCCAUGUGUAACACUCCCAACAUUUGGGGUAGCUACCUCUACUAUGGAUCACCUCGAUAUGUGACAGCGUUCGCUGUAUGCGUUGCAGCCACGGGCUUGGCGAUUGCAUUUGCUGUUGCUACGAAAAUCCAUCUGAGUAGAUUGAAUGCGAAGAUGGAUCGUGGAGAGAGUUUGGGAAAACAUGGUCCGACUGAGGCUCAAAUUGCCGGUGGAUUCCGGUACAUCCUUUAG